GAAAGAUUCCAUAUUCAAUGCCAAAAUACACCACAGGAAAAAUCGGCAAGGCUCACGGAUUUCCAGUGCACCAGUGGCUAACCAAGUAGGAACACCUCCUCUACUGCUAUGAAAGAAAAUCUUCAAAUCCUACCACUGAACCAUUAGUUACCAUCCUGAUUAAGAUCUGAAAAAACAUGAAGACUGUAGUGCUCCUGAUUUGUCUUCUAGGAUCUGCUUUCACCACUCCAACCUAUCCCCUGAACUACCAAUUUGGGGCCCAUGGACAGAAAACUGCAGAGAAGACUAAAUAUACUAAUUCUGAAACCUCAGAGGAAGAGAACACGGGGUCUGUAAAUAAGGGUGAUGUGCUGUCUGGCCACAGGACCAUAAAAGCAGAGGUACCAGUACUAGAUACACAGAGGGAUGAGCCCUGGGCUGCCAGAAGACAAGGACGAGGUGGUAGUGAGCAUCAAACAAAAAACAGCCUGAGGAGCAUUAACUUCCUUACUCUGCACGGUAAUCCAGGCUUGGCUUCUGAUAACUGGGAAAGCAACUCUGGCAGCAACAGGGAACAGCUCAGCUCUGAGCACCACCAGCCCAGGAGGCACAAGAAGCACAGCAGCAUGGCUGGUCAGCAGGCUCUGAGAGUAGAAAGUCCAGCGGAUGCUCUUGGUCUGGUUCGUGAACUCAACACAUGGAAAUACAAUAAAAACACAGUUGGCCUAGAUGAAAACAACAGUGAAAGUGAUGAAGAGGAAGCAGGGGAAGAAGAAGAUGAAGAAUGGGGUGAAGAAACUGAUUAUAGGGAUAUGAAGCACAGAGCACAUGGGACAAGUCACAGAAGCCUAUACAGGAGCUGGCAAAAUGAAAACAGCCGGCCAUCCGGUGAAUUCUUGAGAGAUUCCAGACUACCAAUGCAUAUAACCAAGAGACAUAGUGAGAAAUUCAGCACAGAGGAGGAAAGUCAGGAAAAACCUUACAAGGAAGGAAAACUCCUUCUCUCAAAGAAAAAUCAUAAUGAGGAUCAAAGUGAAAAAAGACAAAGCCAAAAAAGCAAAGAGCACUUUCAAGCAAACGAUCAGCACAAACAAGAAGCAGUGAUGAAAAGGCAGGAUAAGGAGGGCAGCAAUGCUGAGGAGGAUGAUAAUGAUAGUGGUGAUGAUGGUGAGGAAGAUCUCAGCAAUGUCUGGAGGGAAGCAGUCUACGAGGAAGAGGAGAGAAUGCAAAGCAAUGACCAGGACAGCAUCAGUAACAAGCAAAAAGAGGAAGGAACUGCUGGAGAUGACAGUGGAGUUUAUAGGGAGAUGGAAGAUUACCAAGGUGACAAAAUUAAAGACAUUACUCACUCCGAAGAUGAUCAUUACCACUAUGAGCCAUCUAAUUCCAGCAGCAAGAGACAAUUGCAAAGAAGUAGCUCUGCUGAGAACAUGAAUUCAACGGAAAGUGAGGAUGAGGUUAAGACCACAGGAGGUUCAUAUAAUGAGGAAAGUGCAAGGAACAGCACUAGGAAGGCUCUCUCGGAUCUUUGUAGGAACUUCCACUGCAAAAGAGGAAAAGUCUGCCAAGCAGACAAGCAAGGAAAACCCAGCUGUAUUUGCCAAGAUCCUGCUGCUUGCCCUUCCACAAAAGAUUAUGAGCGUGUUUGUGGAACAGACAAUAAGACUUACGAUGGCACAUGCCAACUCUUCGGCACCAAAUGUCAACUUGAAGGGACAAAAGUGGGACGCCAGCUGCACCUAGACUACAUGGGCGCCUGCAAAUACAUACCCCACUGCACUGAUUACGAAGUGGAUCAGUUCCCUCUCCGUAUGCGAGACUGGCUCAAAAACAUCCUUAUGCAGUAUUAUGAACGUGAUCAGGAUAAAUCUGGAUUUCUGACUGAAAAGCAAAGAAAUAAGGUCAAAAAAAUAUACCUGAAUGAGAAGCGCCUCGUGUCUGGUGAGCAUCCAGUUGAGCUUCUCCUGCAUGACUUUGAGAAAAACUACCACAUGUACGUGUAUCCUGUGCACUGGCAAUUUUAUCAGCUUGACCAGCACCCCAUUGACAGAUCACUGACGCACUCAGAGCUUGCUCCUUUGAGAGCCUCCCUCGUUCCCAUGGAACACUGCAUAACGCGUUUCUUCCAAGAGUGUGAUGGAGACCAAGACAAACUUAUCACUUUGAAGGAGUGGUGCCACUGCUUUGGGAUUAAGGAAGGUAAGCCUCAAAGACCAGGAAAGCACACAGUACAAAACAUUCCCACUGCUAAGUUCCAGAUUUCAAGAAAAAUUCUAGGCAGUCAGAACAGCAAGAGGUGCAAGGUUCUGAAUUUCUCUAAAAUUUCAGUAUACCAUUUUUAGUAACAGCACUACAUAAAAACAGCACUUUGACAAAUGCUAAUAACACUUCCUUCUCUGUUGCAGAAGACAUAAAUGAAAGUCUCCUGUUCUGAGCCCGGCUGAGCAGAGUCCCUGUGCAGUGCUACAGCUUGUCAAAUGUGAUGCCCACUCCCGACUGCAAUUAACAGCUCUAUAAUUUUCAGUAAUAAGUUGGCAUAAGAUUCUUGGAGGCAGAAUGAGUUACCCUUAGAUAACACACGUGUCUAAUCGUUGCAAAUUCAUUAACAGCAGUAGUGUUUAAGAACUCUAAGUAGCUCAUACCUGAACAGUGUUUUCUUCUGCAUGUACCAAUAAACUCUUAGUAGGACUAACGUGAGACUGAAUUGUUCACCAAACCUUUCAGUAGAAUUAUAGGAUGUGAAUUUUAUAAUACACUGAAGAAAACUACUUUGAAAUAGGUUUUCUUUUGUUGUCGUUUACUGUCAGUGUAGCCUUCUGCAUAGAAAUAUUGAAUAAACAAAGUCUACCUAGAUUUUUGUUUAGGUUUCUGUUGUGGUCAACUGUCAUACUAUUAUAUAAUUAAACAUACCUACCCCUUGACUGAAAAACACACAGGAAAAACACUAGUAACUCUUCAAUAACCAGUAUCUUUAAGGGCCCACACUUGCCUUUUGACUGGAAAGUACUGCCAUCACCUAAAAACACAACCCACAUUUUGGAAGUCUGCUUUGAAGGCCACACAUUCCAGUGAUUCUGCUUACAGCACUGCCUCCCCAGCAGCUGUACUUUCACAUGCAGUACAAAGAGAAGCUCAAUAUCUGCCAAAAACCAGUGAAGAUGCAUCUUCCAACAGCAAUAUUUUUAGAUGGAAGCACUGUAAGACAUCC